CUUAAAAUGAUAGUGAGGUACUGUGAGGCGUUUGUGUUGAACAUCAGGAGCUAUUUCAACAGCUGCAAGUCUGAAGUCACGCAUUCAACAAACUGAGAGCGAACAAGAUGGACACAGUUCUUCUGCUCAUCACAGCAGGGCUGUGUGCUGUCUCAUCACAUGCUGAACGUCAGUACCAUGUUGUUUAUGACCUGAAGAACUGGACUGAAGCACAAAGUUACUGCAGAGAGAAAUACACAGACCUGGCUACUGUCGACAACAUGGAGGACGUGAUGACCCUGAUCAACAUGACAGAUACAAGCAAACUGACUGACACAUAUGAAGAAACCUGGAUUGGACUGUACAGAGACACGUACAGCUGGAGGUGGUCACUGUCAGACACAACUUUCUACAAACACGGGGAGACAGAGUUCAGACGAUGGAGGGCUGGAGAACCAAGCAAUAUUAACAGUGCAGCACACUGCACAGCGAUGGAUGAGGAUGGACUAUGGAACAGCCUCCUGUGUAGUAACAGCCUUAAGGUCGUCUGCUCAUAUGUCAGAGGGUCGGAUGUGACAUUUAUCCUCAUCAACAAAUCCAUGACAUGGACUGAGGCCCAGAGCCACUGCAGAGUAAACUACACAGACCUGACCAGUGUGAGGAACAUGACAGAGAACCAGAAGGUACAGGAGCUGAUACCUGCAGGAGAACGUGUCUGGAUCGGCCUCUUCAGAGACUCCUGGAAGUGGUCGGAUGGAAGUAGCUCCUCAUUUAGGCCCUGGGUACAGUGGGAACCUGAUAACAAAGGAGGGACUGAGCAUUGUGUGGUUCACAUGUUCAUCUACUCUGGACAAUGGGGGGACUUGUCCUGUGGUAUCAGGAGAGCGUUCAUUUGCUACAGCACACCUACGACAAAACAAGUGAUCAGACUGAAGUUUCACACACAGGACUCCUCUCUGGAUCCGAAUGACCCUGCUGUGAUGGAGGACACCUCGAAGAAGCUCAAACAGAAGCUGAAGGACCAGGGGCUGGGUGACAACAUCAAACUGAGCUGGAGGAAGCAGCCAGAUGGAAAAGUCUUCCACAAGGAAGAGAAGAAGAAGAAGAAGACCAAAAAGGAUGAGCUUUAAGGCUGAAUUGUUGUGUUUGGUUUCAUCAGAGAAAAGUGCAUUUCUUUCCUUAAAGUCUUCAUGUAAUGGGUCAGAAUAGAUCUGCAACAAUUAGCUGAUUAAUCCAUCAGUCGCAACUAUUUCAACAAUCACUUUAUCCUUUUAGUCAUUUUGUUAGCUGGUUCCAGCUUCUCAAAUAUAAGACUUGAUGAUUUUCUUUGUCAUAAAUUAUCACAAAUUCAAUAUCUUAAACUGUUGGUCAAUUAUAACAAGACAUUAGUCUUUAUGUGUUUGGGCUGUUGGAAAUUAUUUCAGCCUUUUUCACUAUUUCCUGACAUUUUUCACUUCAAAUACUGUGAGAUAAAAUAAGUUAAGAUACUUUAUAAUAAGAUUUGACUCAAGGAAACAAAAACAAACACCUUUAAAAAAGAUGAGCUCUGAUGUUUUGCGAUAUCUUUAAAAUGUAUUUUUUCUCUUUAGGAUGGCACAGUGGUGCAGCGGUUAGCAUUGUUGCCUCACAGCAAGAGGGUUCCUGGUUUGAACCCUGGGGUGGGGGAGCCCUCUGUGCAUGUUCUCCCUGUCUGUCUCUAUGCGUCAGCCCUGUGAUAGUCUGGUGACCUGUCCAAACAUUGACAAACAUAUUUCUCUUAUUUGUGGCAUUUUAUACAUAUAAUAGUUUUAGAUAAGGUAGUACACGAUAUGAUUUUGUAAAUAUUAAGAUACUAUCAGAUGAGAUAAAAUAGGAUUCAACUGAAGGCAACUCCAAUGAAAAAAAACACCUUAAAAAAGAGCCUUUAAUGUUUUGUUAAAUCCUUUAAAAUGUAUUUUUAUGAGGAAAAAUGUCUUAAUUUGAGAAUAAUGUUGCAUCCAGAAAUGUGUUGUUGUCUCCCUGUGAUGUGUCAAACAUAUACAAACAAGUUAUAGAGAAAAUAAUGAUAUGUAUUAUUCUCAUGCUGUCACCUUAUCAUGGAUGCAACCUUUAAGCAUUUUCCCCAAAAGUUACCAAAGUCACUUUUAAUGUUACUGUAACGUCUUCUUUGUUGGUUUCAGCUUCUCAGAUAUAAAGAUGUGAUGUUUUUCUUUGUCAUAUAUAAACUUAAUAUCUUAAGCUGUUGGUUGAUUAAAAUAAGACAUCAGAAUUUA